AUGAUCACCGCAUUAUUCAUGUAUGACUCCAAGGGCGACGUCAUUGUGGCGAAGACCUACAAAGAGGGAGUAAAGCGCUCGAUAUCCGAGGUGUUUCGCAUCCAAAUCAUCACCCUGCUGGAGCGGCAUGGACCUCGCCUGCCCGUACUCACGUUGGGAUCGACAUCGUUUGUCUACAUUCGCCUGGGACUGGUGUGGAUAUGUGCUGUCACCCGGAGUAACCAGGACUGCGGGGUGAUCCUUGAGUUUCUCUACAAGUUCAACCUGUUGGUGGAAGAGGCCGUCGGCACUAAGGGCACCGGUCUCGAGGACGAGGCGUUGGUGAAUAAUUUCGUCAUGAUUCAUGAAGUGCUUGAUGAAGUGAUCGAGUUUGGUUUUCCAACAAACCUUGAACCAGCAUACGUGUCAAGUCACGUCCAAGGCUAUGGCCAUCAAUCGUCGACAGGACUUUUCCGCAAUAAAUCACUCAUAGCCAAGGCGAAGCCAAAGUUGACUCUGCAAAAACUGUCUCAGUCGCUGCUGUAUCCAUGGCGUCCAGAGGGCAUCAAAUACCGCCGAAACGAGAUCUACUUGGACGUGCUGGAGCGGAUCAACGCGUUGCUCUCGGAGGAGGGUGAAGUAUUACAAGCAUUUGUCGACGGUAAGAUCAAUAUGAAGACGCAUUUGAGUGGCAUGCCAGAAUGCCAAUUUGGUUUCAAUGAUGACCUGAUUCUACUCGAAAACGAAACUGUUUAUGGGGGAGGUAGCGGUGGGGUAGUGCUUGAGGAUCUGAAAUUUCACCAAUGCGUACAAUUAACUCGGUUCAGCACUGACCGUACCAUACGAUUCGUUCCCCCUGAUGGCGAAUUCACCCUCAUGAGCUAUAACUGCCGCCUGGCGAUCGAGCUACCGUUUUCAGUGACCCCCGUAGUGCGUACUUUGCAUAACCGAUUGAUGUAUACGAUAAGAAUCAAAGCUCAAUUUUCAAAGAAGCUUCCGGCAAUUGAUGUGGUUCUCAGAAUACCCACACCGAAGGGGGUGAUAUGGAAUAACGCUUCGGCCCUGGGCGGUCGUUUCAAGUAUCAUCCUGAAGAAAACGUUUACUUGUGGCGGUUCCCUAAAUUUUUUGGUGAAGAUGAACACGAGUUCCGAGCGGAGGUGGAAGUCAAUGAUUCUGAAGACGAUUAUACCACCAGUCUUUCAACGUGGAGCCGGCCGCCAAUGCUGCUUGAGUUCAAGCUCGAAAUGUACUCAUCACUGGGACUUCUGGUGCGGUAUUUACGGGUGCUGGAGAAGGCUAGUUACCGUACAGUGAAAUGGGUGAAAUAUGAGACUGAAGGCGGCAAGUACCAGAUCAGAUAUUAA